AUGGCUGAUAUCGAGCUCAUCAUCACAAACGCUACCAUAGUACAACCCCUCUCCCUGCCGGCAACAGCUUCAGACAUCCUCCCAAAUACAGAUAUUGCCAUAUCAGGGGGGAAAAUCUACCUCCUCGGACAAAACCUCUCAUCCCUCUUUCCUACCGCACCAACCCUCUCCGCAGACGGUGCCUAUGUCCUCCCCGGCGGCGUCGACAGCCACGUUCACCUGCAGCAAGACAACAGUCCGACGGGGGAUACUUGGGAGACGGGCACCCGAUCUGCAAUUGCAGGAGGCACAACCACAGUCCUCGCAUUCGCGUCUCAAAAACGCACUGAUGGGUCUCUCUUCCCUGUAGUGGAAGAGUACCACCGCCGAGCAAGUGGCAAUGCCUUUUGCGACUACGGGUUUCAUCUUAUCCUGAGCAAUCCGACAGAGAAGAUCCUGGCUGAGGAACUCCCAGUCUUGGUCAAGGAAGAGGGGAUCAGUAGUGUCAAGCUGUACAUGACCUACCAACCCAUGCGUCUGCGGGACUCUGAGUUACUAGAUGUCAUGGGCACAACCCGCUCUCUCGGCAUGACGACGAUGAUCCACGCCGAAAAUGCUGACAUGAUCGACUGGAUGACAAAACGACUCGAAAGCCAGGGUCGAACUGAACCGUACGCACACGCAUUGGCCCGUCCAAAUAUCGCCGAAGAUGAAGCGACAUACCGCGCCCUUUCACUUGCUGAACUCGCCGACGUGCCGAUUCUCAUCGUCCACAUGAGCUCAUCCGUAGCGGCGAAACAUGUCCGGCGCGCGCAGACAAAGCUUCUCCCCGUUCAUGCAGAGACGUGUCCGCACUACUUAUUCUUCACAAGCGAGAAGCUAAAGGGGGAGGACUUCCGUGGGGCGAUGUGUGUCUGUUCGCCAGCGUUACGUGAGAGUCCGAUGGAUCUCAAGGCGAUGUGGGAUGGGCUGGUGAAUGGCACGUUUACGACAUUCUCGAGCGAUCAUGCGCCGUCAAAGUAUAUCUUCCUACCUAGCCUUCUACAUCAACUGCCUACAGUAGCACCGACAAGAUUCGACCACCAGCUCGGCAAGAAGAAGGGCACAAGCUCUUUCACGCAGAUCCCCAACGGUCUCCCCGGGCUGGAGACGCGCAUGCCCUCGCUAUUCUGCGCGGGCGUUCUAACGGGCCGUCUGUCCGUUCAAAAGUUCGUCGAAUUGACGGCUUCGAAUCCGGCAAAGCUGUACGGACUGUCAGAUCGCAAGGGAACCAUCGCACCGGGCUACGAUGCUGACCUGGUGAUUUGGUAUCCGACAGCCGAGCAGGCGGAAGCAAUGCAAGCGGGCUCUAGUUCUAGAGUGACGAUGAAAUCAUUCCAGCUGAAGAACGAAAUGCUCCAUCACGAUAUCGACUACACGCCCUUUGAGGGAAUGGAGUUCACCAAUUGGCCACGGUACACGAUUCUCCGGGGGAAGCUUGUCUGGGAUCGAGAUGGAGGUGGUGUUAUUGGCGGCAAAGGGGACGGAGGGUACUUGAAGCGCGGUAUGAGCACGCUGAGCAGGCCGAGGGGGGUCUUUGUCAAUGAUUUUGAUCCGUAUCAAUAG